AUGCAUAUUAAUUCGAAAAUUCCAGAAGAGGCUUUGGAAGAGGGGAAAAAAAAAGUCUGGGCUAAAUUAACUAAAAUUUAUUUUCUCAUAUAUUACAUGCUAAGGAUAAAAAUAGGAAAAAUUAAUUAUGUUGAAGAAACGUCUCGAAAAGCCAGCCAGGAUACGAAAGAAUUGGUAGAAAAUUUGCCUGAAUUUCAUCCUAAAAAUAUUGUCGAAUUAGAAAAACAUAUUGGAGAAGCUGCAAAUGAAGCUGUUAAAGCAUAUUAUAGUGCUGUUUGCGUUACAAAAGAUUAUGCUGAGCAAAUUUACAAACUUUUGGAGACUAAAAUCGAUAAGGUUGAUCACGAUUUUUGGUGUGCUCUAAAAAAAAAAACCGAAGAAAAAGAUAAUUUGAUAAAAGGAGCCGAAAGAGCGGCUGCAUUAGCCAAUGAGAAAAUCAACAAAUUACAAUCGAUUUUAGAUGAUCCUGCUUUUGGCGCACCAGAUUCAUUAAAAGUUCAAGCCAAAAGAAAUAUAGCUAAAGUAUUAAGAGAUAUUGAAAGAUCUAGAAGAGAAUUAAAUGCGGAAAAAGAACGUUCAAGUGUGACUGAACAAUAUUGGCAAAAAGUGGAACAAGCAAGGAGGCAUUUUCAGGAUGAAUUAGAAAUUUUAUUCCCAUCUUUAAAAAUUGAAGAAAAAAAAUUUAAUUUAAAACCAGGGGAGCUUGAUUUGUUUUUAGUACACGUUUAUCAUCAUAUUGUAUAUUAUCAAAAAGAAAUUAGUAAACUAGAAACGAUCGGUGAAUUGCGAAUUAAAGAAGCCUUACAAAAAAGUGGUGAACGUUUAAAUGAAGAGGCACUCACGGCUAGAGUGAAACAAGAAGUGGAAAAAGAAAAACGGGAUUUAUUCCAAGAACUUCAAAGAAAAAUCCUUGAUGUAAAAGCAGAACAAGAGAAAACAAUUAAAGUUCAAAUGAAGAGACAAUUAGAGGCGGCCGAAGAUUAUUUGCACGAUGCGAUAGAGGCUAAAGAAAUAGAAAUGGCUCGUAAAAGUCAGAGAAUGAUCGAUGAAAAAGUAGAAAUGGAGAAAAAUGCAUAUAAAGUUAAACUUGCGGAAAUGGUGGGACGAAUGCAAGGAGUUGAAGCUGCACUCUCAAGUCGUUUGGCAAGUGAUAAAAUGGCGACUCAAGCUCAAGUUUUAUUUUCUGCUUGCCAGUCUUUCUAUAGAGCUUUACGGGUAGGAGUUCCCGGUGUUCAUUACUCAAAAGGUUUAAGACCUUUGGAUGUAGAAAUUGCUGCGAUACAAAAAGCUGCCGGAAAAGAAGAUACAUUAGUUGGUGCGGUUAUAAACAGCAUACCGGAAGAAGCACGUAAAAGAGGAGUAUUUCCGGAAAUAGCGAUAAGAGAAAGAUUUUUAAAAGUGGAGAGAACGGCACGAAAGCUCGCUCUUGUGCCAGACGGUGGUUCCUCCUUGCCUCGAUAUUUUUUGAGUUAUCUUCAAAGUUUUUUGCUUUUUAGGUCUGAGAACCCAAUCCCUUCUGCUGAACUGGAUGAUCAACCUGUAGACAUUAGUAAACUUGACACGUAUGACAUUUUAGACAGGUCUAGAUAUUGGUUAGAUAGGGGUGAUUUUGGGAUGGCUCUUAGAUAUAUGAAUUUACUUAAGGGUGCCCCCAGGCAGGUGGCAUGCGAAUGGAUAAAUGAAACUAGGAUAUUUCUCGAAACGCAGCAAGCUGCUGAUACAUUAAUGGCAUAUGCAGCUGCUACUGGUCAACAGUACACAUAA